AUGUCGAACGAUACUAUUGAGUCGGUCAUCGCGUACCGCGAUCUGGUCCGCGACUUGCUGGCAAAAGCAGCAGAGAUCAAACAGAGCGACAAUGUCGAGCCACCGUUGAUGGAAGCAGAUCUUGGUGAUUAUGUAUCGCGCAUACGCCCGAAAUCCGAUAACGAAACGAACAAACCCCAUAAAUAUGCGGCCGUGGAGACGGCGUUUCGGGAGAAAUUCUACGAGUUGCUGGCUUCAACUUCGAUAGACGAUCCCGCCUUCGUGAAUAUGUGGAAUCUAUUAGACCUUGUUUCGAUCUUUUCCGAUAAUGAACAAUGCGAAGCUGGCCUUAUUUUUUGGCUAAUCGAAGAGCUCCUCGACAGCCAGACAGUGGAGGGAUGCCGGAAGGUGUUUGACUAUCUGGAGUCGCGAAGAGAAAUCAAUACAGCGAAACACUUUGAAUCAAAGAAACUGAUUAUCCUACGCUCAUGCAACGAGCUACUCCGUCGACUUUCGAGGGCGGAAGAUACCGUUUUCUGCGGCCGAGUGUUCAUCUACAUGUUCCAGAGUUUCCCCCUAGGCGAUAAGAGUUCGGUCAACCUUCGGGGAGAGUUUCACACGGAAAACGUCACCACCUUUGAUGAAGUAGCCAAGAAACCAGACGGGGAUGCCAUGGAGGUUGAGCCUGCCGAGCCGGGAACACAAACAGCAGAAACCGAGUCACAGACGACGCAAGCUCCUGAAAACGAGGGAGGCGAAGCUAGCAAAGAAAAGAAGGCCGAUUCAACACCUGCACCAGAUGCGAAGGAAGAUAAAAAGAUUGAUUUGGAUGCACUCUACCCUAUCUUUUGGAGUCUGCAAGGGUUUUUCUCGUCGCCGACGAGACUAUUUGACUCUCAGAAUUUUUCGACUUUCCGUUCUGGUCUUAAAACCACAUUAAAGACGUUCAAACUACUCAACGCCGAUAUCAAUACUCGAGGUUCUACAAAAGCACCCGAGGAACUACGGCGAGGUUUGAAGCGCAAGCGCAACGGAGAAGGGGUGGAAAUAUCAAAUAGCUUCAACCCCAAGUAUCUGACUAGUCGUGAAUUGUUCGGCCUAGAGGUGAACGAUAUUGCAUUCCGACGACAUGUCCUUGUGCAGGCCUUGAUUCUACUAGACUUUAUCCUCUCGUUGACCACACAAGCGCGCCAGAGACUGUUGAAGCUAGUCCAGCCGGGCAAGGCAGUCAAUAAGACCGUGCUAUAUCAAUACACCAUUAGUGAUGAUGAUGCCAAAUGGGCAUCACAGACGAGGGACACAGUCGCAGACUAUUUACAGCAGGGAGCUGAUGGGAAAUUUUACUAUCGAAUGGUCGAUACAGUCCUUUCGCGAGACAAAAAUUGGGUUCGCUGGAAGGUUGAAAAUUGCCCGCCUAUUGAAAAGCCAGCGAUCAAAGAGGAGGACUAUCUCCAAGCUCGAGAGAAUGCGGUCAAAGUGUACGCCAGCAAACGGCUGCGGCCUGCACCAAUGGGCUCGCUUGAUCUCAAAUUUCUAUCAGAGGGCGAUGCGACUUCUAGCCUGGAGCAAUUAAAGCAGGCUGAUCGAUACGGCACUCCUGCUGCAGACUCGUUUAUGAUGGGGAUUGUAGACGACGAAUUCGAUAUCGACAUGGCCAAAGAACCCGACGAAAAGGAGGCCGCGGAACGGGCCAAGGCGAACAAGGUGUGGCGCACCUUGCGGUUAUCUGCCAGAAGCAAGCUUUUCGAAUUCGAGAAAAUCGAAGACGGCAAGAAGAUCAAUCUGCUGUUUGCGAGCCCGGCAGAGGAGAGCAAGGACGGCGGCGGGUCUGUGGAGGAUACGUCCAAGAAAACAACAGAUCAGCAGGAUGACAGCGCGAAGGAGGAGUCAAAAGACGAAACUUCACAGGAGCCCUCACAGGAGAACCCGUCGUCGUCGACUAUACCGGAGACGCAAUCUGAGGAGACGACUGCUGUAGCUACAUAA